GUCUGGGUCUCUGUUUUCAAGACAUCAGGAUCUGUCUUUGCAUGAAAAGAUCAUGGCUACAGCCCCACCAGCUGCCCCACCAGCUGCCCCACCAGCUGCCCCACCAGCUGCCCCAGCAGCUUCCAAAACUAGGAAGCAACUAGACCGUCCACAGACCGAGGAAGAACUAGCAUUUUAUGCUCGGAAUCACUUAUUCAUGACGGUCUGUGCAGUGAUUCUUUUCCCACCCUUGGGAUUGGCAGCCCUCUACUUCAGCCGCCAGACCGACGAGGCCAAUAAGUGCAGCGACUGGGAUGAUGCGUAUCUCAACUCAACUCGAACUAUAUGGAUGGAUGUAUUCGCCAUUCUCGUGGGUUUAAUCCUCAUCUACACAUAUGUCCUACUUAUAUGAUGGCUAGACCAGCAUCCACGGGCUGCACUCCCCGACAGACACGCCCACUUAGACACAGACCAGCCACCAAGAAAAAUCUCAGAGCUUCAGACAUCCCUUAGCCAGGAAACCCACGAACCAAAAAAGUUCAACACCCAAGCAACCCGCCAGCCCAAGAAGCCCCGGGGCCACCUACCAGCAUACCAACUCACUGUCAUUUGGCCUCCACAGCUGUCUCCAUCCAUCUUGAAGGCCCACACUCAAGUCCUAAAUCCGUGUAAGCCUGAAAAGAAAAAAAAAUCAUAUUUCUUAGCCCAAUAAAACUAAAGGGAAUAUUCUGGCUUA